AUGUCAGACGAGGGCGCUUCUCCCCGCGAGCUCAUCGUCGAGGCCUGCCGGCGCGACCAGCCUCACCUCAUAGAACAAGUUCUUGACUCAUUUGAAGGGAAAUCAAACGAGGAGGUUGCUGAGAUUUUCAACAAUGUCACGGACGCAAUGGGCAACCACGCUCUUCAUAUAUGCGCGCAAUACGGAAGCUACGACACAAUGGACGCCCUCUUCGACAUCCAAUUCUUUGAAUGUGACCCCCUCACUCGUCUCGACAACGACACACCUCUGCACGUCGCUGUCCGCUACGCAAUGGAGAAGGACGCUGAGUUAGGCACGGAGAUGAUCAAGAUGAUGUGCGAGGCCGGGUGUGAUCCGCGAGUAAGGAAUAAGCACAACCAGAAGCCGGCGGACCUGGUUUACAAUAACCAGGAGAUCAAGACAACGCUACAGCAGGCGGAGUACGUCCUUGCUGAGGGACUGAGAAAUGAUGAUCUUGCUGAUGGGGAUGAGGGGAGUGCUAGUGAUAGCGAUUAG